AUGAAAACAUUACUGCUAAAAUUUACUGAUGAAAAAGUUCCGAUCAAUGAGUUGGGUGUGGUUGCUGGAGAAACUUAUUCCGAUCGUGGUACCACUUUGAGUACUGUUAUAAUAGUAAUAAUCCACGAGGACUUCAAUCCAUACACGCUAUCAGCUGAUUUAGCUUUGCUUCGUAUAUAUGAAGAAUUUGUUUACAAAACGACUGUCAAGCCGAUCGCACUGGUGUCCCCAACGACUCCAUUAACCGAUGAGAGAGUGUUCGUCACUGGCUGGGGACGGUGCGAUUUAACGCAAGGGACAGCUCUCCGACCUGGGAUGCUAUGCUUAGGCACGGCAAGGGAAGAUAAUCCAGUAGCGCCGUGUUUAGCGGUGCCCGGGGCCCCAGUGGUGCUUAAUGCUCGCCUAUUAGGCAUUCAAUCGUGGGGUUUUGGGUGUGGAUAUAACAACGACUUGCCACUGGUGUACACAGACGUUCGUUAUUAUCAACCGUGGCUAGUGCACAAUAUUCCAAUAUUACGAAAUCUGAGUCAGAGUAAUUUAAAGGAAAUAUUCCAAGCAACUAAAGCCUUCAUCUUGUCACAAUGGCUUAGCUUAACAAGGGGUGACAUCGAGCUGUUGAAAUUUAAGAAGUGUACUGACAAAGAUAUUUCACGAUCUAAUAUAGACAUCGAGUUAGCCCAGCUAAAUGGUACCGUAUACGAUAUUAGAGAUUUUAUGUAUACGACUAAAUAUCGCAAAUUAAAACAAGACAUGUUACUAGAUAUUAAAAACUCACUUAUUAACACAACCGCAAAUGUUAGUAAUGUAGUGCGGCCAACUUUGCGUAGCAGGCCAUUUUUAAACAAAUAUCAACUUGAAAAUCAAGAAUAUUCAGAAGGUCAUAGAGUUUCAGGUGGCAUAAAUGCUACGGAGUCAUAUGAUAAUAUAGAUGACAAGGAUCAUUUAGAAUAUGAUAAUGAUAGCGUUUCAGACGAUCAUGAACAGGGAAAUGUUGACAUUGAAUAG